AUGGUUUUUACCCAGAGGCCCAUGCGGCAGGAUUACAACACACAGAGGAAGACAGACAGCACAACAGACAACACAACGGACAGCACUACAGACAACACAACGGACAGCACAACGGACAGCACUACAGACAACACAACGGACAGCACUACAGACAACACAACAGACGACACAACAGACAGCACAACAGACAACACAACGGACAGCACUACAGACAACACAACGGACAGCACUACAGACAACACAACGGACAGCACUACAGACAACACAACGGACAGCACAACGGACAGCACUACAGACAACACAACGGACAGCACUACAGACAACACAACAGACAAUACAACAGACAAUACAACAGACAACACAACAGACAACACAACAGACAGCACUACAGACAACACAACAGACAGCACUACAGACAACACAACAGACAACACAACGGACAGCACUACAGACAACACAACAGACGACACAACGGACAGCACUACAGACAACACAACAGACAGCACUACAGACAACACAACGGACAGCACUACAGACAACACAACAGACAGCACUACAGACAACACAACAGACAGCACUACAGACAACACAACAGACGACACAACGGACAGCACUACAGACAACACAACAGACGACACAACGGACAGCACUACAGACAACACAACGGACAGCACUACAGACAACACAACAGACGACACAACGGACAGCACUACAGACAACACAACAGACAGCACUACAGACAACACAACAGACGACACAACGGACAGCACUACAGACAACACAACAGACGACACAACGGACAGCACUACAGACAACACAACAGACGACACAACGGACAGCACUACAGACAACACAACAGACGACACAACGGACAGCACUACAGACAACACAACAGACAGCACUACAGACAACACAACAGACAGCACUACAGACAACACAACGGACAGCACUACAGACAACACAACAGACAGCACUACAGACAACACAACGGACAGCACUACAGACAACACAACAGACAGCACUACAGACAACACAACAGACAGCACUACAGACAACACAACAGACGACACAACGGACAGCACUACAGACAACACAACAGACAGCACUACAGACAACACAACGGACAGCACUACAGACAACACAACAGACAGCACUACAGACAACACAACAGACAGCACUACAGACAACACAACAGACGACACAACGGACAGCACUACAGACAACACAACAGACGACACAACGGACAGCACUACAGACAACACAACGGACAGCACUACAGACAACACAACAGACGACACAACGGACAGCACUACAGACAACACAACAGACGACACAACGGACAGCACUACAGACAACACAACAGACGACACAACGGACAGCACUACAGACAACACAACAGACGACACAACGGACAGCACUACAGACAACACAACAGACAGCACUACAGACAACACAACGGACAGCACUACAGACAACACAACAGACAGCACUACAGACAACACAACGGACAGCACUACAGACAACACAACAGACAGCACUACAGACAACACAACAGACAGCACACUACAGACAACACAACAGACGACACAACGGACAGCACUACAGACAACACAACAGACAGCACUACAGACAACACAACGGACAGCACUACAGACAACACAACAGACAGCACUACAGACAACACAACAGACAGCACUACAGACAACACAACAGACGACACAACAGACAGCACUACAGACAACACAACAGACAGCACUACAGACAACACAACAGACAGCACUACAGACAACACAACGGACAGCACUACAGACAACACAACAGACAGCACUACAGACAACACAACAGACAGCACUACAGACAACACAACGGACAGCACUACAGACAACACAACAGACGACACAACGGACAGCACUACAGACAACACAACAGACAGCACUACAGACAACACAACGGACAGCACUACAGACAACACAACAGACAGCACUACAGCACACACACAGACGACACAACGGACAGCACUACAGACAACACAACAGACAGCACUACAGACAACACAACGGACAGCACUACAGACAACACAACAGACAGCACUACAGACAACACAACGGACAGCACUACAGACAACACAACAGACAGCACUACAGACAACACAACAGACAGCACUACAGACAACACAACAGACGACACAACGGACAGCACUACAGACAACACAACAGACAGCACUACAGACAACACAACAGACAGCACUACAGACAACACAACAGACAGCACUACAGACAACACAACAGACAGCACUACAGACAACACAACAGACGACACAACGGACAGCACUACAGACAACACAACAGACAGCACUACAGACAACACAACGGACAGCACUACAGACAACACAACAGACAGCACUACAGACAACACAACAGACGACACAACGGACAGCACUACAGACAACACAACAGACGACACAACGGACAGCACUACAGACAACACAACAGACAGCACUACAGACAACACAACAGACGACACAACGGACAGCACUACAGACAACACAACAGACGACACAACGGACAGCACUACAGACAACACAACAGACGACACAACGGACAGCACUACAGACAACACAACAGACGACACAACGGACAGCACUACAGACAACACAACAGACAGCACUACAGACAACACAACGGACAGCACUACAGACAACACAACAGACAGCACUACAGACAACACAACGGACAGCACUACAGACAACACAACAGACAGCACUACAGACAACACAACAGACAGCACUACAGACAACACAACAGACGACACAACGGACAGCACUACAGACAACACAACAGACAGCACUACAGACAACACAACAGACAGCACUACAGACAACACAACAGACAGCACUACAGACAACACAACGGACAGCACUACAGACAACACAACAGACAGCACUACAGACAACACAACAGACAGCACUACAGACAACACAACAGACAGCACUACAGACAACACAACAGACGACACAACAGACAGCACUACAGACAACACAACGGACAGCACUACAGACAACACAACAGACAGCACUACAGACAACACAACGGACAGCACUACAGACAACACAACAGACAGCACUACAGACAACACAACAGACAGCACUACAGACAACACAACAGACGACACAACGGACAGCACUACAGACAACACAACAGACGACACAACGGACAGCACUACAGACAACACAACGGACAGCACUACAGACAACACAACAGACAGCACUACAGACAACACAACGGACAGCACUACAGACAACACAACAGACAGCACUACAGACAACACAACAGACAGCACUACAGACAACACAACAGACAGCACUACAGACAACACAACAGACAGCACUACAGACAACACAACGGACAGCACUACAGACAACACAACAGACAGCACUACAGACAACACAACGGACAGCACUACAGACAACACACAUUGGUGGCAGUGUAUUAA